CUGCCCGCAUGCCGCAUACGAACUAUAUUUCGUGCGAUAACGUAACGCAAGCUUGACUAAGCAGUGUUUUGAAAUAGUGAUGUACGAAAACGUUGUUUAGUGCGGUAAAGGGUUUCCAAAAGUGCCGGUACUGUGACUAAAAAGCGGAAUUGUUUUGGACCUGUGUAGAUAGUGAGUGUCACGUGUGUAUACGAAUGAAUGUGACAGCGUAGGCGCAACGGCGGGUCGCUCUCCCGUGAGAUAUUCGUGCUCGCGCAGGUCGCUGCGGCCAUGUUGCAUACCUGAGGAGAGCGAGCGCGCGACUCUGCGCGAACGGGACACAGCGACUCUUUCCGGAGGACGUUAUCUUUUACCGAGGAAAAACAAACUCUGCGAUGUUUUUGUCCGUAUCAUGACCAGCAUGGGGCGGUGGCACGUGGUGCUGGUCGCGGUGGCGCUGCUCACCGGCGCGGGCGCUGGCGCCGCCGCCGAACAGAUGCAGUCCCGUGCUGUCGACACCGGGGUAGAUCUUCGAAUAGCCGAAGCCCAGCCUGUGGGUACUACGGUCGGAAGGAUACCGAUCAAACCUGGAUUUACAUACCGAUUCAAUGAGCCUCCCAAAGAAUUCGUCCUUGAUCCGAUUUCAGGUGAAUUAAAAAGUAACAUAGUUUUAGAUCGGGAAAGCGUCGACCGGUAUGCUUUUGUUGUGUUAUCCAGUCAACCAACAUACCCGAUAGAAGUACGAAUUAGAGUAACGGAUGUGAAUGAUAACUAUCCAGAGUUUCCGGAGCCUAGUAUUGCCGUGGCGUUUUCAGAGAGUGCAGCCGCUGGCACAAAAUUACUCCUAGAUGCUGCGACUGAUAAAGAUUUAGGAGAAAAUGGAAUCACUAAUGAUUAUAGGAUAGUGGAUGGUGACAACGAGGGAAAGUUCCGGUUGAAUGUCACUGUAAAUCCAAGUGGCCAAACAUCAUACUUGCAUUUAGAAACGACCGGAAAGUUAGACCGUGAGACGAACGAUUUCUACAUAUUGAAUAUUUCUGCACGAGAUGGGGGAAGUCCUCCUAAAUACGGGUACCUUCAAGUUAAUGUUACUAUUUUAGAUGUAAAUGACAAUCCGCCUAUAUUCGAUCAAAGUGACUUUUCGGUGUCUUUAAAUGAAAGUGUGCCGCCAGGGACAGUAGUAUUAAAAGUGACUGCAACUGAUAGUGAUUUAGGUGAUAACAGUAAGAUAACAUACGAAGUGACCGAUACUGAAAAACAAUUUGCUGUGGAUCCAGAAUCUGGAGUAAUAACGACCCUAAAGAAGCUAACUUGCCCCAAAUAUUGCAGUAAUGGAACCUGUAAUAUGACUUGCGUGCUAACUGUUAUUGCUAAAGAUCACGGAGUGCCGCGACAAGAUGCUCGUACAUAUGUCACUGUCAAUUUGAUAGAUGCCAAUGACCAUGAUCCUGUAAUAACAUUUACUUAUGUGCCAUCGACCGCAAAUUUUGCAACUGUAGAUGAAAAUGCCAAAAAUGGAUCACUUGUUGCUGCAAUCACCGUUACAGAUUUAGAUGCUGGUUUGAAUGGAAUAACGAGUAUCAGUAUUGUUGCUGGAAACGAAUUAAAUCAUUUUCGUUUGGAAAAUUCAUCCAGUGUAUACAUUGUACAUGUCAACGGUGUUUUGGACAGAGAAGAAAUAAGUAAAUAUAAUUUAACAGUAGUUGCGACUGACAGAGGAGUUCCGCCACGUACAGCUACCUCUUUUUUAGUAAUACACGUAAAUGAUGUAAAUGAUCACGAACCUGUUUUUGAAAAAUCUGAGUAUUCCGCUGUUCUGAGUGAACUUGCCCCACCUGGUACAUAUAUCGCUGGUAUUACUGCCACUGAUGAAGAUACUGGAGUAAAUGCUGAAAUAUAUUAUGACUUUUACGAUGGAAAUCAACAGCAAUGGUUUUCCAUUGACCAUUAUACAGGGCUAGUAACAACAAAGUCUAUUUUGGAUCGAGAAAUUCAAGGAACUGUAGAACUCAAUGUAUCAGCGAGAGAUGGAGGUCCUAAUCCUAAAUGGGCCUACACCAGAUUAAAAAUAACUAUUUUGGAUGAAAAUGACGAGGCACCAUCAUUUCCACAGACGGUAAUUAAUGCAUCUCUUCACGAAAAUUUAAAACCUAUAAAAGAUAUACUGAUUUUAACAGCAUCGGAUUAUGACCAGGGAACGAAUGGAUCUGUAUCAUAUUAUUUACCUCCGAGUAUUGAAAGAAAAUAUCCCAAUACAUUUACGUUAGAUCCUAUCACUGGACAACUUAGUACUGUUAUAGAGUUAGAUAGGGAAAGAAUACCGUUGUAUGAAAUACAGGUCCUUGCUAAGGACCAAGGAUUUCCACCGCAAUCAUCAACGGCUAAGAUAUUUUUAAAGGUUCUUGAUGUAAACGACAACGAACCCUUUUUUUAUCCUCAAAGAUACAUAGAGACUAUAAGUGAUAAUUUACCGCCUGGCUCGAAAUUAUUACAAGUAAAAGCAAUGGAUAUGGACGAAGGUGAUAAUGGAAAAAUAAAAUUUAAAUUAGAAAGUGGAGGUGAUGGAUAUUUUGAUGUGGAGCCAUUAACUGGCAAUAUUAUUUUGCAAAAAGACUUCCAUAAAGCGCCAAAGUCAGUGUAUUCGCUAAAGGUUUCGUGUAAAGAUAUUGGUAAUAAACGUGCAGUUGAAGAUGCCGUUGUAGAUAUAAUUAAAACCUCUCACCGUAAAAGUUUGGAUUUUGAAAGUUAUGAUGGUUAUAGUUUUAAAAUUCUCGAAGAUGAUGGUUUGACAAAAGCACAGGUUGGUCGCUAUAUUGGUAAAGUAAGCACCAGGAUGACAAGCGAUUCAGUUUCCUACUUCAUUACAGAAGGUGAUUAUAAACAUAUUUUCAAAAUUGACGAAAAAAGCGGCGUAAUAUCUUCAAAUUCUAAUAUAGACAGAGAAGAUAAAAUGACGUAUCGAUUAAAAGUCAUGGCUCGGAGUGGUUUAGCAUUUGGGUUUACUACGGUCAACAUUUCCGUAUUAGAUAUGAAUGACAACUACCCAAUAUUUAUUGAAGAUAAAGAUGAAAUAAAUAUUCCGGAAAAUAUGGCAGUAGGACAGGAGGUGUAUUUCGCUCGAGCUACUGAUCGUGAUUCUGGAUCGAAUAGAACAAUUACAUAUACAUUAAGCUAUAAUCCAGAUAAUAGCUUUCGGAUUUCCGAAACGACUGGGGUAAUUUAUUUAAAUAAGGCUAUAACAAGCGAGCCUGGUAGUACUAUUUCGCUUGAAGUAACGGCAACUGACAAUGGCAAGCCAGCUCUUGCUACCAAACAUACUAUAGUAACAAUAAUCAAAGACGUAAACGACCAUACCCCUGUUUUUGAUCACACUUCCUAUGAAACUUCUUUAUUAGAAUCGACUUUAGUCAAUACACGAUUCUUUGCCAUAUCAGCAUCUGAUGCUGAUUUAGGAGCAAAUGGAAGAAUAUCUUAUUAUAUUGCAGAAGGCAAUUCAGAUGGCAAGUUUGGCGUUUUUCCUGACGGUUACAUCUAUGUCAAAAGUAAUUUAGAUAGAGAAGAGAGAGAUUACUAUUCUUUGACUAUAGUAGCAACAGAUAAUGGAAAGCCUCCAAGAUCUUCACAAGUUCCUGUAGUUAUACAUGUACUAGACGAGAAUGAUAACAGUCCCCAAUUCACGAAUACUACAUUUAUUUUUAAAAUAAAAGAAAAUGAGCCACCUGAUACAUUUGUUGGAAAAUUAACCGCAAUCGAUAAAGACAUUGGAAGAAAUGCUGAGUUGACAUUCAGUUUACCUAUCGCUCAGAAUGAUUUUAGAAUUGAUUCAAGAAAUGGUUUUAUUAGAACCCUUAAAUCUUUUGAUCGUGAAAGUUUGGCGCAUAGUACAGGUCAAAAUUAUAUAACCUUGACUGUUACAGUAAGUGAUAAUGGUAAAGUUAAACUAACAGAUUCAGUUAGAGUCACAAUUUAUAUCACAGAUGUAAAUGAUAAUGCUCCAGUGUUCACACGAAUUCCUUAUAAAGUAGAAGUCUCUGAAGGUGCAACAGUAGGUGCGUCUAUCAUGAGAGUGUAUUCUUCAGAUGUUGAUGAAGGUCUAAAUGGGGACAUUUAUUAUAAACUCAUAGGCGGAGAUGAAAUGGAAAAAUUUUCAUUGGACGAAGCAACAGGACAACUCUUUAUUAAUAAACCACUAGACAGAGAAAGCGUUGACAAAUAUCAACUAACAGUGUUAGCACAUGAUUCCGGUCAGGCAAUUCGUCUAUCAUCUACAACUACUAUCCACGUGGAUGUCCUAGAUGAAAAUGAUAACGCUCCAAUAUUUUCGCAAACACAAAUGAAAGUUUCAGUAUUAGAAACUGAACCGAUAAAUAAGAAAAUUAUACAAUUCCAUGCUAAUGACGCUGACUUAGGAAUAAACAAUGAAAUACAAUUUUCAAUUACAUCAGGUAACAGGAAAGAAGCAUUUUUCAUAGACAGUUAUUCGGGUGAACUUUUCUUACACAAACACCUGGACUACGAAGAUUUAACUUCAUAUGUUUUGAAUAUAACUGCUACGGAUAAUGGAAGUCCAAGUUUAUCAUCAAGUAUUCCAUUCACAGUCAAUGUAAUUGAUGCCAAUGAUAAUGCACCUGUAUUUACAAAUACAGCUAUUGUACGACAAAUAAGAGAAGGUAUUCCCAUACAUACACCUAUUGUCACAGUUACUGCUGAGGAUCCAGAUUCGGGACUAAAUGGCAAAGUGUAUUACUCUAUAACACAUCAAGAUCCUAAUGAUGGUCAACGGCAUUUUGCCAUUAAUAAUAUAACUGGGGUGAUACAUACAUUAUUGCCCAUUGACAGAGAAAGUGUAGAUACAUUUCGAAUAACAGUUGUGGCAUAUGACAGAGCCGAACCACCUUCUGCAAGGCUUUCUGCGGAAAAGUUAGUAACUGUUAUUGUUGAAGAUAUAAAUGACAAUGCACCUGUCUUCGUUUCAAUGAAUGCAGCUGUAAUCAAUUCAGACAGAUUAGGAAGGAGCUUGGGUCGAGGCAUAUUCAUAAUGAACGUAUUGGCAAGAGAUUUAGAUUCAGGGACAAAUGGGUUAGUGACGUACAAAUUAAUGCAUGGCGGAACAGAUAUUUUUGAUCUUCAUAGAAGCAAUGGUGCACUGGUUUUACGGUAUCCUCCGGCAAUCCCUGAAGCCAGAUGGAAUCUUGUAAUUAAAGCGACUGAUGAGGCUGUACUAAGUGAACAAAGAAGCACAGAGACUUACUUAACAGUGAUAAUGGGAGGUACUGAAUUGGAAGGUAUAACAUGGACUAAUGUGGGCUCCGUUUCCGUAGCUGAAAAUGAACCUGCGGGCACGGCUAUUUUAAACAUGACUAAUAACUUUAAAUCGGCGUUAGAGUACUAUAUUGUGAAUGUGACUGGUGAUGGCAGACAAGUGGACAGACUAUUCGACAUAGAUUCCUCGUUAGGAAUCCUAUCCACAGCUGUUUCAUUGGACAGAGAAGCUGGCAUCGAUCGGUAUGAAGUGGAAGUAUGCGCCGUGUCAUCGAGUACGCCACUUCAAUCUACUACUACAAAGGUCGAGGUGACAAUUCUGGACAAGAACGACAGUCCGCCUGAAUUCAAGAACAUCCCAGCUUCAUACCCAGCGUCCGAGGACCUCGCACCUGGACAGAAGAUUGCGACAAUACUCGCCGAAGACCCAGACACCAUCGGUACAAUCACGUACAGCAUACAAUCAGAAGAACCCACGCCUUUUGCUUUAGACUCGAACACAGGCGAAUUAACCCUUAAGGAGCCUCUGGAUAGAGAGACGAUAUCUGAAUACCAAGUGCUAGUGAGGGCAGAUGAUGGUAUGCAAUACACGGAUUUAACAAUCGUUGUUCAGGUAACUGAUACUAACGACAAUCCUCCGGCGUUCAAAGAAAAUGCUUACUCAUUCGAUAUACCGGAGAAUGCGGCGCGCGGCUCCGUGGUGGGCACGGUCGCCGCUAUCGAUCUGGACUCUGGACCGAACGCACAACUCACUUAUACUGUGGUCUCGGACUGGGCCAAUGAUGUCUUCUCAUUGAAUCCACAGACUGGAGUCUUCACAUUGACAGCAAGACUCGACUAUGAAGAGACACAGCAUUACAUUUUAGUAGCCCAAGCACAAGACGGUGGUCAUCCUUCUCUAUCGGGCACUGUCACCAUAUACAUUAAUGUCAUAGAUCUGAACGACAAUGCUCCCAUAUUUGAUCCAAUGAGCUUUUCCAACGAAAUUCUAGAGGAUGUUUCUGUGGGAACGUCGGUCGUGACAAUAAGUGCUACAGAUAUGGACUCAGGAUUAAAUGGAAAAAUAAUUUAUAGCAUAACAUCAGGCGAUGACGGCUCAGACUUUACAAUAUCAUCCAACGGGACAAUACGUACGAGUAAACUGUUAGACAGGGAGAAAAUUCCAAUUUACAAUUUAAUUGUUACGGCGAAAGAUUUAGCCAAACCACCAGAGCCACAGUUGUCUUCCACAGUUCAGGUUACAAUACAGUUAAAGGACGUGAAUGAUAUGGCUCCGGAAUUUGUCAGUCCUAACAUGACAACAGUAUCCGAAAAUAUACCUCUUAACACUGUGAUAAUGACAGUAAAAGCUCUCGAUAAAGACGAAGGAAGAAAUGGAUACAUUGAAUACUUUAUGGAACCAGAUUCCGAAAUCAACGGUUACUUCUCUCUAGGAAAUGUUGAUGGCAUUUUACGUGCUACGGGGAAACUUGAUCGGGAACUAAAGUCGAGUUACACACUAUCAGUCACAGCUAAAGAUAGAGGGGAUCCGCCUAACGUUACAAAAACUAAAAUUUUAAUCAAAAUAAUGGAUGAAAAUGACAACAGUCCUGUUUUCGAUCCGAAACAAUACAGUGCAUCAGUUCCAGAAAACGCUAGUAUAGGAGCAAGUGUUUUGCAAGUUUCAGCUACAGACGUUGAUGAGGGAUUAAAUGGAAGAGUAAGAUAUUCGAUUGCAUCUGGUGACGAAAAUCGUGACUUUACUAUAAGUGAAGAUACCGGUAUCGUGAGAGUGGCGAAAAAUCUCAACUACGAAAGGAAAUCUCGUUAUUUACUAACAAUUAGGACAGAAGACUGUGCUAAAGAUGAUGUUAGAUUCGAUACUGCUGAACUAUCCAUAUCUAUUCAGGAUAUAAAUGACAAUCCUCCUACGUUCCUAGAUUCUCCAUAUUUAGCAUAUGUGAUGGAAAAUAUAAUACCUCCGAACAGAGGGUACAUAAUUACAGUUCGAGCUUAUGAUGCAGAUUCGCCACCAUUUAAUAACCAAGUACGCUACUUCAUAAAGGAAGGAGACGCCGAUCUAUUCAAAAUAAAUGCCUCCUCCGGACAAAUAUCUUUAUUGCGAACUCUAGACCGGGAAGCUCAGGAUGAAUAUACAUUGUCACUUGUUGCCAUGGAUACAGGGUCACCACCUUUAACUGGUUCUGGGACAGUCAAAAUUAUUGUACAGGACGUAAACGAUAAUAGUCCAGAUUUCGAAAGACAAAGUUACAAAACAACUGUCAAGGAAAAUAUGCCCGCUGGUACAGUAAUUCUAGAGCCAAAAGCUAUAGAUAAGGAUAUCGGAAAUAAUGCUAAAAUUCGAUAUAGUCUAUUAGGUGAAAAAUCUGAAAGAUUUGUUAUUAAUCCGACAACAGGGAUAAUUUCGACUAAUGUAAGCUUGGAUCGGGAAGAUUGGAAUAUAUAUUACUUAAUUAUUAUGGCACAGGACUCAUCUACAACCGAUCCCAGGACAGCUACAGCUAAUGUCACAAUUAUAGUUGAAGAUGAAAAUGACAACACACCAAUAUUCCCACAGUCUGAAUAUGAAGCAUAUAUUUCUGAUCGCACGCUUCCAGGAGAUUUUAUAUUUGGUGUCAAGGCGAGAGACAGUGACAUUGGUCUCAAUAAGAAAAUCUUGUAUGACUUAAAAGGCGAACAUCAAGAGUUUUUUACCAUCAAUAAAGAAACAGGCGUGAUAAAAGCCAAGGAGAGUCUUGCUAAGUUUAAACAAACUAAUAAAUCGUCUUUAAAUUUAAUAAUAAUAGCUGCUGAUUGUGGUAUGACACCAAGACAGAGUACAGCUGAUUUGGUACUCAUACCAAAAUCGGUUAAAAAUUUUCCGAAAUUUUCUGUCACAAAUAAGCUUACAUUUACUUUUUCUGAAAAUACCCCUGAAGGGGUUUUAGUUACUCGAUUAUCUGCUACGUCUCCUAAAACAGGCCCCACUAGUUUAUUACAGUACGCCGUCGCUGGAGGUAACAUUGGGGAUGCUUUGAAAGUAGAACCAAUAAGCGGUGAAGUGUUUAUAACUGGUAAAGGACUCGACUAUGAGACAAUGCCACUUUAUGAAGUUUGGUUUGAGGUUAAAGACUCUGAUAAUCCACCUUUAAAAUCUUUUAUUGAAAUAGAAAUAAAAGUUACAGACGCAAAUGACAACGUACCUGUUAUUGAAAAUAUAUUGUAUAAUGCAACAGUUCCUGAAGAAGAAUCACCACCUCAGUUAGUGGUCAAAAUAGAAGCACACGAUGAUGACUCUAACGAAAAUGGAAGAAUAUCUUACAGACUUGUCAACGAUUACGAAGAAACAUUUAAAAUUGACUCAGAAAGUGGAGAAAUUUCUACCAAUAUAGGUUUGGAUAGAGAAUCUAUACCUUUUUAUGAAAUUCUAGUAGAAGCUGUUGACCAUGGAGUGCCUCAAUUAAUUGGUACCUCUACUGUGCUAGUAACUGUUAUGGACAAAAAUGAUAAUCCACCGAGAUUCACGCGAUUAUUUAGUGUUAACGUGACUGAAAACGCAGAAAUAGGUUCUUUUGUGAUAAGAGUAACAAGUUCCGAUCUAGAUACAGGACCAAAUGCUAAUGCUACUUAUAGUUUUGUAGAAAAUCCUGGGGAAAAAUUUCUUAUUGAUCCAAUAAGUGGUAAUGUAACAGUCGCAAGACCGUUAGAUAGAGAAUUGCAAGAUGAAUACAUUCUUAAAGUUGCUGCGAUUGAUGGAGCUUGGAGAUCCGAGACACCGCUGACCAUUACAAUACAAGAUCAGAAUGAUAACGCUCCAGAGUUUGAAUAUUCCUACUAUAGUUUUAACUUCCCUGAGUUACAAAAUAAAAACAGCUUUGUGGGACAAGUUAUUGCUACCGAUAAAGAUAAGCAAGGACCUAACUCAAUCAUCUCAUAUUCCUUACAACAAACUUCUGAUUUGUUUACAAUUGAUCCAGCCACAGGUGAAAUUUUGAGCAAGUUUAUGAUGAACUACAAAAGAACUUUAAUAAACUUAUCACCUGAAAAUACUUAUUCAGUUAUUGUUGUAGCAACUGAUAACGGCAAACCGCCUAUGUCAUCAGAAUGUUUAGUUACAAUCAAUGUUGUAGAUGCUAACAAUAAUAAACCGAAAUUUGUUGAACAUGAAAAAUUUGUACCCGUACCACUAGAUGCCACUCUAGGAGAAAAAAUAAUACAGUUAACAGCAGAAGAUACCAUGGACUUCGGAAUAAAUGCAGAAAUAGAAUACUUUAUGACAGGUGGUAAUGGCACAUCCUUCUUUACAAUUGAUAAAAAAGAUGGAUGGAUUUAUGUAAACAAACAAUUUUACUCUAUUGGACAAUAUUAUGAAUUGAAAAUCAAAGCCGUUGAUAGAGGAAUACCACCCCAAUCCGACGAAACAAUAAUAACAUUUGUGGUAACUGGAGAAAAUAUUCACAGCCCUAAAUUUACAGCACUCAGUUAUCAAGUAAUCGUUCCUGAAAACGAACCCAUUGGUUCUUCCAUACUAACAUUAAAAGCUAACGAUGAAGAUGAAGGGCCCAAUGGUAUAAUUAGAUACGCUAUCUCUUCGGGUAAUAUCGGAAAAGAAUUUCAAGUUGAUCCAUUUUUAGGUACCAUUAGUAUACUUCGACCUUUGGAUUAUGAUGAAAUUCAAGAAUAUCGUCUCAACAUAACCGCCAUUGAUCUAGGUUUUAAGCCAAAAGAGACAACUGCGACUGUUACAAUAAUAUUGACAGAUAUAAAUGAUAAUGCACCACAGUUCAAUCAAUCACAUUAUGAAGCAUAUUUAGCAGAAAAUUCACCAGUAAAUAGUUUUAUCUUCAAGGUAAUAGCCGUUGAUAUUGACUCACCGAAAAAUUCCAUUAUCAAAUACCGUAUCAAAAAUGAAAUGUCAUCUCUAUUUCACAUCGAUGUAAACACUGGCAAAAUAUUUUCUAAAGCAAUUUUUGAUUAUGAAGAAAAAACCUCGUACAAACUGGAGAUUGUUGCUGAAAACCCGGACUCGGUAAUGCGCAGCAUGACUGAAGUAGUAGUACACAUUACAGGUGUAAAUGAAUUUUAUCCGAAAUUUAUUCAGCCAGCAUUUCAUUUCGAUGUUUCUGAGUCAGCUGAGGUUGGCACAAAUGUUGGUACAAUUCAAGCUACAGAUCAGGACAGCGGCGAUGAUGGCAUAAUUUAUUAUUUGUUUGUUGGCUCCAGUAACGAUAAGGGAUUCAAUGUAAAUUCGCAAACUGGAGUAAUAAGGGUAGCACGUUACUUAGACAGAGAAACACAAAACAGAGUUGUUUUGACCGUACUCGCCAAAAACUAUGGUGGUAUUCAUGGUAAUGAUACAGAUGAAGCUCAAGUUAUAAUAUCGAUACAAGACGGAAACGAUCCUCCCGAAUUUUUGAGAAAUUACUAUGAAGCCACAAUAUCUGAAUCAGCGAGUGUUGGUCAAAAGGUAGUCCAAGUUAAAGCAGUAGAUAAAGAUGUACGUCCACAAAAUAAUCAGUUCAGUUAUUCUCUUAUUGGCGGUAACACAAAUCAAGAUUUUAGAAUAGAUCCACAAAGUGGUGAAAUAGAAGUAUCGCGGCAACUAGAUCGCGAGACAAUACCAACAUACUCACUUAUAGUAGGUGCGAUUGAUACUGGUAUACCACCGCAAACGGGCACAACGACUGUUAAAGUAACAAUUACUGAUAUAAAUGACAAUGGUCCAUUGUUUGAUGUGGCAAAUUUCAAUGGAGCUGUAUAUGAAAAUGAGCCUCCAAGUACCAGUAUUACUACACUUACUGCUAAAGAUCCAGAUCUUCCUCCAAAUGGAGCUCCAUUCUCUUACUCUAUAAUUGGAGGUCAACAUCAAAAUUAUGUAAAAGUCCACAAGCACUCAGGGGUACUACUAACUACUAAAAAGAUAGACAGAGAAUUAACUCCACAGUUAGAAAUAAUCAUACAAAUUGAAGACAGCGGCACUCCAGUAAUGAAAUCAAGCUAUACAAUAUUUAUAAAAGUUUUGGAUAGAAACGAUAAUCCACCAUCAUCUAGGUCUGCCCAUGUUCUUGUUUAUGCAUUUAAUAACAAGGUUCCGACCGGAAAGAUUGCAGACGUUAAACCGAAUGAUCCUGAUAUUGUUGGAGAUUAUAAAUGCAAAAUCAUAAAAGAUUCUACUACUGAAAAUACUCUCACAUUAUUUAAUAUUCGUAAGGGUUGCGAUCUUUACACUAACGCAGUCAGACCAGGACAAGGGUAUUCAUUUUCUGUUUCGGGCAAUGAUGGAAUUCACAAAGAUGUUACGUCAUCUGUUAGCGUUGAAUACUUUUCGUUUGAUAAUGCAACAGUUGAACAAUCAAUAACAAUGAGAAUAAUAAAUAUGACUGCAGCUGAUUUUCUUACACAUUAUUAUCGCAAUUUAUUAGAAGUUUUGAAAAAUGGACUAAAGAAAGACGAAAGUGCCUAUUUAUACAGUAUAAAUCAAGAAAAAGACGGACUAGAUUUAACAGUAGCUGUUAAGGGUAAUAAGACAAUUUGGAAACGAGAAAAUACAGAGAAUUACGUUAAAUCAAAAGAAUUUGAAUUAAGCAAGGUCUUGAAAACGUCAGUUAUUGUAUCCUAUUACCCUUGUGCAACACAACACUGCCUUAAUGAUGGUGUUUGUACAGAUGGAAUUAGGGUGUUAGAUGAGGUACGGAUUAUCGAAAGUUCGACUCUUAUACUUUCAUCUCCUCUCGUACGUCAUGAGUAUACAUGUCAUUGUACUGACAGAUUUAUGGGAACCAACUGUGAAAAAAGACAAGAUCCUUGCUCGCCUAAUCCUUGUAAUUACGGAGGUCAAUGUAGAAAGCAAGGUCAUGACUUUGUGUGCUCUUGUCCUCCGCGCCGAGAAGGUAAAACAUGCCAAUUUGAACGAGAUGACGUUUGUAGCAGCAAUCCUUGUAAAAAUGGAGGAUCGUGUAAAGAAAGUUCAGAUAGAAAUUCGUUCUUUUGUUUAUGUCGCCCUGGUUAUCGUGGAGAUCAGUGUGAGGCUCUUGUGGACUCAUGUAGACCUAAUCCGUGUAUGCAUGGAGGUAUUUGCAUUAGCUUGAAGCCAGGGUAUAAAUGCAGUUGUACUAAUGGCCGAUAUGGAACACAUUGUGAAAGCUCUACUUAUGGUUUUGGUGAAUUAUCAUAUAUGCAAUUCCCAGCUCUCGACGCAUCGACCAAUGAUAUAACUAUAAUAUUUGCGACUACAAAGCCUGAUGCAUUAUUGUUGUAUAAUUAUGGUGCCCAAACUGGAGGAAGGUCAGAUUUUAUAGCGAUUGAAUUGUUAGGCGGAAAACCAAUAUUUUCCUUUGGAGGUGCAAGAACAUCAAUAACUUCUGUAUCUAUUAUGGAUUCCGAAGUGAAUACCGCUGAUGGCAAAUGGCAUAAAUUAACUGCUACCAGAAACGGCCGUGUGAUAUCUCUGAGUGUGACCUCGUGUACUGACCACGGCGAUGUUUGUAUGGAAUGCGAACCUGGCGAUAGUUCAUGUUACGACGAUGAUACUGGACAGGCAGGAACGUUAAACUUCAACAACGAGCCGCUACUCAUUGGCGGAUUACAUAAAGCAGAUCCUGUCCUGGAACGUCCCGGACAAAUUCAUUCUGAUGAUUUUGUUGGAUGCAUGCACAGCAUUUCCAUCAAUGGACGAUUUCUAAAUUUAACCAAUCCACUCAAAGCACGGGGUGUGGAAGCAAAUUGUGAUCGUACAGAAAAAGGAACUUGUUAUAAAAAGGACAUUUGUGAUUCCGGCGAGUGCUUGGAUAGAUGGAAGACAAACAAGUGCAAAUGUGAAAAAGAUCUCAUUUCACCUAACUGUAACUCUGCUCUAAUGCCUAUCUCUGUAAGCGAAAAUGCUUACAUUACAUAUUUUAUAUCUGAAAAGCAUCGAAGAAUGCAAUUACUAGAGUCCUUUUAUGGUGGAAGCACAAGCUGGGAAAGAAAGAGUGGAAAAAAUAUUGGAAAACCUGUAACAAAAGUAAAUAAUCCAGCUAAAAUUUUGACUUUCUUUUUCAAAACUAAUAGAAAAGAAGGUGUACUUUUUUAUGCAGCAACUGACAAGUAUUAUACUAUAAUUGAAUUGAAUGAAGGAAAAAUUAGUUACACGUCAAAACAAAACGUAGUAGUCAACAUGACUCAAGUCGACCAGCAAGAUGUAUCUGACGGUAAUUGGCACAAUAUUACCAUAUAUUCUCACGGAAGAAGUAUUCGUUUGAUUGUUGAUGACAAAAACGUGGGUGAAGAGCUUGAUGCAGCUGGAGUGCACGAUUUCUUAGAUCCCUAUUUAACAAUAAUAUCUUUAGGGGGUGUCAAAGCGGAAUGGAUAUCGAACAAUAAUAAAUUUGAAGGAUGCUUGGCAAAUUUUAGUAUCAAUAAUGAACUUCAACCUUUUAAUGGCAACGGAAGUAUUUUCAAUGAAGUUAUUCGUAAAGGGAAAAUAAUACCUGGAUGCCAUAGCACUUUCGGUGCCGGCAUAGCUCAAAAUCCAAAUCCAUUGAAUAUUGGCAUAACGCUUGUUAUAGUGUUUUUCAUUAUAUUAAUUGUAGCAAUUUCGAUAUCGUUUAUUGUAUAUCGACUUCGGAAGCAGAAAAAAGAAAAGGGUAACACUUCAGGAAGCAAAACUAACAUAGUCCAUACUAAGCAAAAUGGUGGUCCCGCUAUGUUAAAUGCACCGAAUUUGAUUGCUGGGACUAAUGACAGCAUUAUGAAUCGAAAUAUGCAUAACAAUGAAACAAGUUUGAAUAGUUACAUGUCUGAAAAUGCAGAUAUUAUGAGAAACGUGGGUCAUAUCGUUGGCCCUGAAUUAUUAUCUAAGAAAUAUAAAGAUCGUGAAAUAAUGAACAUAGAUCCACCGAGACCUCAAAGACCUGAUAUUAUCGAAAGAGAGGUGGUAGGAAAAAGUCCAGCUCUAAGAGAAGAUCAUCACCCGCCUCCACCGCCUUCGACAAAUACUUCUCAUCAUACUCAUGAUCAUCCUAGUGGUUUGGACCUUAAUUCAGAAAUACCCGAGCACUACGAUCUUGAAAACGCAAGUUCGAUAGCACCAUCCGAUAUUGAUAUUGUUUACCACUACAAAGGAUUCCGAGAAGCCCCCGGUGUUCGCAAAUAUAAAGCAACACCACCGCCGAUAGCAGGGUACCAUCACAAACAUCAAACACCACAACACAGGCAUUCUCCACAUCACCCAAGUGGGUAUCCUCCUAGAGUUUUACCUCAAGCAUCUCAACCACCUCCACAACCAAGGCAACAUCAAACCACUCCAUUAGCUCGAUUAUCACCUAGUAGUGAGCUUAGUCAACAACCAAGAAUCCUAACUUUACACGAUAUUUCUGGAAAACCUUUACAAAGUGCUUUGUUAGCAACGACUUCAAGUUCGGGAGGCGUAGGAAAAGAUGCAUUACAUAGUAAUAGUGAAAGAAGUCUCAAUAGUCCAGUUAUGUCUCAAUUAAGUGGACAAAGUUCUUCUGCUGGUAGAAAGACCCCAAGCGCUGCGCCUCAGGUUCCUCAAGUAGUUUCAGUAGGGCCUGGUGCAGUGGGAUUGACCGCAGAGGAAAUUGAAAGAAUGAAUGCCAGACAACGAACCUCUAGUCUAGUUUCGACAUUAGAUGCGGUAUCGAGUUCCAGCGAGGCCCCAAGAGGGGGUGGAGUAAGUCAUCACAUGUCGCACAGACAUCACUCACCACCGGUCGACAACAGAAGUUCCACUGGAUCAGAUGACGAAAGUGGAAAUGAUAGUUUUACAUGUUCAGAAAUAGAGUAUGAUAAUAAUAGUAUAAGCGCGGAUAAACCUGAGGAUGUAAGAAGACAGAAUGUUAAUAGUGGAAAUAAUAAUAAGAAACCCAUUUUACCUCCACCUUAUGAGAGCUUUGAUUCUUCGUUUCGAGGUUCUCUGAGUACGUUGGUUGCUUCGGACGACGAUCUGAAUCCACAUGUAAGUGCCGCAUUGUAUAGACAAGCAAAUGGAUCUCCUGCACCAGCAACUUUAGGGUGGGAUUACUUUCUAAAUUGGGGUCCAAAUUUUGAAAGCAUGAUAGGUGUUUUUAAAGAUAUAGCCGAAUUACCAGACGCCGUCAAUGGUCGAAUGUCUUCCUCGUUAAGACUUCCGAAUGGUACUCCAAAGCCUUCGGAAGAAUAUGUCUAAAUUAAUGUUAAAUAAAAUUGUAAAUAUGUUUACAUAAUACUGAUGUAAAUUUUUUGUUGAGAUCUUGUAUCAAGGUCUUGGUAGAUUCAAUUUUCUUGCCAUAUUUUGCUAUUUUACGUAACUGGGAUAUAGUAUAGU